UCGGCUGGGGCCUGGCGCCGGUUUUGGGGGGAAGCAGGGCUGCUCGGGGGGGGGGUCUGUGCCCUUCGGGGGGGGGCACGGCUGUUUUGGGGGUGCGGAGGCCGUUUCGGGGGCCCCCAGGGCCGUUUGGGGAGCCCUGGGCCCUUUGAGGCCGCUUUCGGGGGGCUUCGGGCCGGUUUGGAGACCCGCAGCCCUUUCGGGGCCGUUUCGAGGCCCCUCGGGGCCAUUGUGGAGCCUCCGGGGCUUGUUUCCCCAUUCGGGGCGGCCCGUGGUUGCCGUGGCGACGCGUCGCGGACUGAUGACGCCACGCGGAGCCAAUCAGCGCUGGCGGGGGGCUCGCGGGGCAUGCCGGGAGCUGUAGUUUUUCCCUGCAGCGCGACCACGGCGCCCUUGAACGUCACUUCCGGGCGCGCGGCGGAAGUGAGCGGUGGGAGCGGCGUCGGCGGGGCGGACGGGCGUCGCGACACAGGAAGGAGGAAAAAGAGGCGCAAAAAGGAGAAGAAGCCGAAACCGGCCGCGGGGACCCCCAGCCCCCCCGAGGAUGCGUCACUGGAGACCCCCCCUGCCCCGUCCCCGCUGCUGGGGGGGCUGCUGGGCUCCGACGAGGGGGAGCAGGAGGAUCCCCGCGACUACUGCAAAGGGGGUUACUACCCCGUGAGGAUCGGGGACCUGUUCAACGGGCGCUACCACGUCGUGCGCAAGCUGGGCUGGGGCCACUUCUCCACCGUCUGGCUCUGCUGGGACGUGCGGCGGAAGCGCUUCGUGGCGCUCAAGGUGGUGAAAAGCGCCCCGCACUACACCGAGACGGCGCUGGACGAGAUCAAGCUGCUCAAAUGCGUGCGCGACUCGGACCCCGGCGACCCCAAGCGCGACAACAUCGUGCAGCUCAUCGACGACUUCAAGGUCUCCGGCGUCAACGGCGUCCACGUGUGCAUGGUGCUGGAGGUGCUGGGCCACCAGCUGCUGCGCUGGAUCGUCCGCUCCAACUACCAGGGGCUGCCGCUGCCCUGCGUCAAGAGCAUCGUGCGCCAGGUGCUGGAGGGCCUGGACUACCUGCACACCAAGUGCAAGAUCAUCCACACGGACAUCAAGCCGGAGAACGUGCUGCUGCGGGUGGGCGAGCCCUUCGUGCGGCGCCUGGCCGCCGAGGCGGCGCGCUGGGCCCGCGGCCCCCGGCCCCCCCGCGGCGCAGUGAGCUCGGCGCCCCAGGACGGACCUGAGCAGCGGACGCGGGCCCAGCGGCGGCGGCAGCGGCGGCGGCAGCGGCGCCAGAGCCGCCUCCUGGCCCAGCGCCUCCGCGACCUGCAGCGCCUCGAGGAGACGGAGCCGCCCCCGGCGCCCCCCGACGCCGCCGAAGCAGACCCCGAGGGGGGGGGCAGCCCCCCCAGCGGCGCCUCCUCCUCGGGGGUGCACACGCUGCGGCCCUGCGGCUCCAGCGACGGCCGCUCGGGGGCGUCGUCCGCCUCGGGGGGGCCCCCCCCCCGCCCCGGCUCCCCCUCCGCCUCCGACUCCCUGCUCACCCCCACGUCGGGCUCCCUGGUGUCGGGGGGCUCCGGGGGGCCCCCCGCCCCCCUGGGGCUGGGGGUGCCGGAGGGGCUGGUGAACCCCCUGGACCCCCGCUGCGCCCCCCGGCUCCGCGUGAAGAUCGCCGACCUGGGCAACGGCUGCUGGGUGCACCGGCACUUCACGGAGGACGUGCAGACGCGCCAGUACCGGGCCCUGGAGGUGCUGCUGGGCGCCGGCUACGGCCCCCCCGCCGACAUCUGGAGCACCGCCUGCAUGGCCUUCGAGCUGGCCACGGGCGACUACCUCUUCGAGCCCCACUCGGGGGAGGACUACAGCCGCGACGAGGAUCACAUCGCCCACGUGAUCGAGCUGCUGGGGGAGAUCCCGCGGCACGUGGCCCUGGGCGGGCGCUACUCCCGCGAGUUCUUCAACCGCCGAGGGGAGCUGCGGCACAUCCGGAGCCUGCGGCCGUGGGGGCUGCGGGCGGUGCUGCAGGAGAAGUACGAGUGGCCGCGGGGCGCCGCCGCCGCCUUCGCCCGCUUCCUGCGGCCCAUGCUGGCCUACGAGCCCGCCCGCCGCGCCACCGCCGCCCAGUGCCUGCGCCACCCCUGGCUCCGCCCCUAGACACGCCCCCCCCGACCAAUAAACGCAAGGCCCCGCCCCCCCCCCCGGGGGCGGCCGGGAGGCGCGGUAA